UAUCCUCUAGUUCUCAUAGGUCUGGGGGAGGGGACUCUUUUCCCGCCUUCUAGGUUCGGUACCCGGAUAAGAUAGAAUUAAUCCCCAGCAGGUGACGCUAUGCCGCGGGCGCAUGCGCUCGGGGGAGGAGCGAGUAGGUGUGCCAGCAAGAGAACGCGCCGAGCAGGUGGAGCGAAGCAGUAGCAGCGCGCAGGCGCGGCGGCAGGCUGGGAUUUAAAGGGGCAGGACCAGCGGCUGCUGCCCCUUUGGGGUAGGGGGUGGUGUUGCUCUUUGGGGAGAAGCGGGACUUUGGUGUUCCAGCCGGGGAAGAUGGUUUGCGGGGGCUUCGCCUGCUCACGCAAUGCGUUGUGCGCCCUCAACGUCGUAUACGUGCUGGUCGGGCUGCUGCUGAUUGGCGUGGCCGCCUGGGGUAAAGGCUUCGGCAUUGUCUCCAGCAUCCACAUCAUCGGAGGGGUCAUUGCUGUGGGUUUCUUCCUGCUUCUCAUCGCCAUCGUGGGGCUCAUCGGUGCUAUCAACCAUCACCAAGUCAUGCUCUUCUUUUACAUGAUCAUUCUAGGGCUAGUCUUUAUUGUCCAGUUUGGAGUCUCCUGUUCAUGUCUGGCCCUCACAAAAGACAAACAGGAAAGUCUCUUGAGUGUUGCCUGGGAAAAAAUGGAAAACAGUACCAGGAAGGCACUGGAAAAGAACUUUAACUGCUGUGGACUGUUCAAUACCAGUGCUGAAUUUGAAAUUGACCGCAGCAUGUGCAAUGCAGAGUGCAAAACACCAGACACAGAGUGUCCUGAAUGUGGUGAAAAGAUGAAGGAGCAUGCAAGCGAGGCCUUGAAAAUCCUUGGUGGAGUUGGGCUCUUUUUCAGUUUCACAGAGAUCCUUGGAGUGUGGCUUGCCAUGCGCUACAGAAACCAGAAAGACCCAAGAGCCAAUCCCAGUGCCUUUUUAUAGAAGCUGCUCCUCCUUUCCCACCUCAUGUGCUCCUCCAGCUAGCUGCCCAUCCAUUAUCCAAGAAAGCCUAUUUCCAUCACUCUUGAACAAAGCCAUCCCUUGUAGGCCCUGUGAUGGAGGAGGGACUUUGCCAUCAUGCCAAACUGCUGAUUGGAUGAAAGAGCAAAGGCUGCAUCCUUGGCAUGAAGCCUUUGGCCGAUGGCAAAUGCGAUCCAGCGCUUAAAUAAUAGGGAGUCAGGUUGAGUUGGAGUGAGCCAGUGUCCUCUCUUUGCCAAGCCACUUGCCUAGUUGCUGUGCUGCUCAUAGCUACAAUCACUAUGGUGUUUUUAAAGCUUUUAUGGUGGUUUUUUAAAAACAAGGCUUGCCCUAGAUCUUUUUGCCUCUCUAGUCGUCAACCUGUCAGGGCAAAGUGCUCUACCCCCUGUGAGCAGAGAAGGGCAUCCUUCUUCUGCCAUAAGACUGCCUUUCACAGAACAUUCAUUUUGUUCUUGCUGGGGCAGCACAUCUGCAAGCACAGUAGAUGCCGUUUCCACAUGCAACAGGUCUAAGUGAAGGACCAGGUUUUAGCCAAACAAUUGUUGGAGCUAAACUGUGGGCACAUAUUUGAGAAGGUGUUUUUUUUUUUAAUCCCCCAAUUGAAGUUUGUGUGAAUUUCUGACUUACAAUCAUACGUAUGGGUCACCUCUCUCUGCAGAGAAAGCAGGGGCCUGUGUAAGCCUGUUCAGAGAACAGGAUCGCCCAUGAUUUAACUAGACUCUGUGUUUUAAGCUGACUUUAAAGUGGCUUAACUCUCAUGAAAAAGGAACAGGGCUUGAAAUAUGUUUAGAGCUUGCUGGGAACCAAGGGAUAUCUGUUCGCUUUAUAGCACCUUGUGAUUCCUUGGAUGGAAAAAUGCAACUGCAAUAUGCUUGUAGUGCAGAUAUGCCCUGCCCUUUUAAAUUCAAUCCCUGUGUGCAUUUGGUGCGACUAAGGAUGUAUGAGGGAAUUUGCAGAAUAGAUUAACUAGGCUCAGUCCAUUCUCAUUUGAAUAAACUCAUUUUGCUCUAGUGCUCCAGAAGAAACUGGAGAAGCGGCAACCAGUGUUCUUUCCCCUAAGAACAUGAGGCAUUGUCGAUUUGGCCCUAGUUCCUUCCCUUCUGAUGGUCUCUCCCAUUAUAGAGUUUGCCUAGUUUUCUUCCCAGAAGGAAAGCAUGGAGGUUGUGUGCUAGUGGAAAUCUUUAGAGGUUUGCCUUCCAGAGCGAAGAAGGCACCUUUGGCUUCUUACCCCCAUAACUGGACAGCAGAGUAGAAAGGGGUUAGGUGGCUGGUUACGUGGGCAGAGCAAAGGAUCAAGCACCAUCCUAGCUCAGCAUCUCCAAAGACUAAGAGUUAGAAGUCACUUGCUGCCUUCAGAGAGGCUACAGUGGCACGGAGAGAACAGCUGUUAAGUACUGCAAGGUCUCAGCCAAAAAGUAAGAGACUUGUAAAGGCAGCUGCCUCUCCUCCGUUUUCUGUUCUAGUGCCACCUUUCCAUAACUGCUUGAGGGGCUGCAGCAAAGAGUGUUCUUUUCCAUAAAUCAAUUCUGCAAGGGCUGGAAAGUGUUUCCUGUACAAGGGAAGGCUCUCUCGACUGCUUUCAAGACAAAAGUCUAGUCCCUUAAUUAUCAAAGGGCAUGCACCAAUAUUCUUUUCAUGAUUUCUGUCACUUGUUAAGAGGGUGGAAAUAAAGGCAUCACAAGGCCAAGUAGCAAUGUGAAAGUCUUAAGGAGAAGACGAUGGAUGUUUUAGGUACUGCACCCGAUGGGCAGCAUGCUAUUUAUUUAUUUUGGGCUGGUGGGGAGGGAGAUAAUGUACCCUUAAGGCUGGCUUCGUGGGGACAGCAGUACUUUCAGUAGACAAAUCCAUACACAGGGGCAGGUGGAAUUAAGUUGGCAGCUUCUGCAGAAACAGUUGGGCCAGGGCUGUUCUGCUGCUCAGCUCGUAAGGGGGCUACAGCAGAUAUGACUUCCUCAAUCAACUAGUUAAUGACUUGAGACUGGCACUGUGGGGGGAUAUUCAGUAUUUUAAAGGUGCAGAUAAGCUAUAGUGCUAUAUACUGCCUUUUCAAAGCUGUGUGUGUGGCGGGGGGGGGGGGAGAUCGCUCAAUCAAGCCCAUUACAGUCCCCCAUUCCUCUCAGCUAACCGCUUCAACCAAACUGUGCAAAGGGAGUGCAGAGAACUCUGGCAGAGAACAAUUUGCUGAGCUGCAUUACCAGCAGGGCUGAUGGGAGCUAGCCAACAUGCACUUUAUACAGGAUAGCAGGUUAAAAAAAUGGUUGUGACUCACAGCCAGGUAGUAUUACAAAGGGGUCGUGCCCCCCACCAAUCCAUGUCCGCCUAAAGGGAAGGGCUAGACAGAUGUUUGCUCAGCCACAGAAAGCUCAGAAAUAGUAGUCGUUAGCUACUACUUCCCGUGCUGCACAUUUGCUAGAGACUAUCCUUACCGAGGUUGGGCAGUAGAGGAACUGCUCAGAAUUACAUGGAAGUUGAAAGAUUUGAUUCUGGUUCAGAAUCAAAUUCAGAUCAUCAGAUGGCUUCAUCAAGACCUACACAUUUCUACCAUCAUGUACAUCUUGACCACUGCCAUUGUAGACUGAAGUUACUUUGUUACAGGCCAUUUGAAUAAAUACAUUUCUGUCAAA